CAAUAAUCUGGUAACCCACGAUGACAAUGGUUGAUAAACACGGGAGUGGCGAGAUAGGCCAAAUCGAGGUAAUUUUAUAAAGACAACAGCUCGGUUUCAAAUGUUAAGAUGGGACAGACCCGGCAUAAGAUAUGCAUGGUCUCUGACUUCUUUUAUCCAAACAUGGGUGGGGUGGAAGAGCACAUAUUCAAUUUGUCCCAAUGCCUAUUGGGUCGAGGACACAAAGUUGUAGUCCUGACGCACUCGUAUGAUGACAGAGUAGGAAUACGGUACAUGACGAAUGGCUUGAAAGUUUACUAUUUGCCAAUAAAAGUAUUUUAUAAUCAAUGCGUGCUGCCCACCAUGAUUUGUUCUCUUCCAUUGAUCAGAUACAUCUUCAUUCGGGAACAGAUCCAGAUAAUUCAUGGGCAUUCGGCAUUCUCUGCCUUAGCCCAUGAAGGAAUGUUGAUAGGAAGACUGAUGGGACUAAAGACUGUAUUCACAGACCAUUCGCUAUUUGGUUUUGCCGACGCAUCUGCUAUCCUGACCAACAAAUUCAUAGAGAUAUCACUGUCGGAUUGCAAUCACUGCAUAUGUGUAUCGCACACUGGAAAAGAAAAUACCGUCUUAAGAGCAAAAGUACAAAUAGAGAGGGUGUCAGUCAUUCCAAACGCAGUUGACACUGCGCUAUUUACACCUGAUGUUAGCAAGAGGAACAAUGAUUUUAUUACAAUAGUUAUAGUAUCUCGGCUAGUCUAUCGGAAAGGAGUGGAUCUCCUAGCCCGUAUUAUUCCUGAAGUUUGUGCAAAGUAUAAAAAUGUACAGUUUCUGAUUGGAGGCGACGGGCCGAAACGGUGGUUGAUAGAAGAGAUUAGAGAAAGAAAUUUACUUCAACAUCGAGUCACGCUGCUUGGUAGUCUCGAACAUUCGCAAGUGAGACAUGUUCUAAAUAAGGGGCACAUAUUUUUGAACACCAGCUUAACGGAAGCCUACUGUAUGGCAAUUGUGGAAGCUGCUUCUUGCGGAUUACAAGUUGUUUCGACACGCGUGGGAGGAAUCCCUGAAGUUUUACCACCAGAUUUAAUAUAUUUGGUGGACCCAACGGUGCCUGCUUUGGUACAAGGCAUUGAUUCUGCAAUAGCGGAUUAUGUCGUUGGCAAACAGAUGUGUCCUUUCAAAGCGCACGAGCAAAUAGCUUCCUUUUAUAACUGGAUUGACGUUACCAAACGGACGGAAGUUGUAUACAAGCGCGUUGAGAAAGAGGAGCAGAAAAAUCUUGGACAACAGCUGAGCAGCUACAUUCCAACUGGCGUCUUGCCAUAUUUGCUAGUUGUUUCAUUGUGCUAUAUUAUUCUCUACAUUCUCGAGUAUCUCGUACCUAAAAAGUACAUCGACUUGGCAAGAGACUACGGACAAUCACAGAGCGAACCACAUGUUCACACCAGAGUGUCAAGAAAACAAAGGGGCAGCAAUUCAUGAUGCUAGUAUUCUGUUCUGCUUUUUGAAACCAGUACGGUUACAGUGAUAGCUGUGUCUAAUUUUUACCAAAGAAAUUACAAAUUUCUAUACUUGUAAACGUUCGCCUUUUUGAUAGUGAAGUUCAUUAUCUAGGUAACCAGAAUCCAG